UUGAACUACCUUCGUAGUACAAUAACCAAACAUUCGGGAGAUUCAGAAAAACAGAGUUCCCCUGUUUUUCCUCAUUUGUUUCAAAUUCAAAAUGUCUCUUAAACCCUAUCCACCAUCAACAGAUCGUCGUGCCCUAUCAUUUCCAGCAGUGCACCCUUGCGAAGCCAUAUCUCAAGCAACCCUCCUCGCCUCUUUAAUCACUCUCUCACAAAACAUAUGCAAUUUUCAAUCAAAUUCCUUCAUCACACAACGAAGAAACGCCAAAGAAACAGCGCGCCAGAUCACCAUCCUUCUCUUAUUCUUCCAAGAAAUCCAAGGCAGUGGUUCAGUUAUCCCAAACGACGUCGUUCUCUGCUUCUCAGAGCUCCACCUCACCUUCCAAAAAAUCCACUUCUUAAUGCAAGACUGUGCUCGCGAAGGUUCACGCCUUUGGAUGCUGAUGAAAUCCCAAUACGUCGCGGCACAGUUUCGGGUCCUCAUUCGAGCCAUGGCCACAGCUCUCGACGUGUUGCCCCUCCAUACCGUUGAGGCAUGCGGUGAGGUAAAAGAGUUAGUUGAGUUAGUUACCAAGCAAGCUAGGAAAGGCAAGUUCGAACUCGACCCAGACGAUGAACGCCAAGUCAAACAUGUUCAUUCAGUUUUGGAUAAGUUCGAAAGGGGAAUCGAGCCUCACGUGGAUACCAUUAAGGGAAUAAUACUUGACUACCUUAAAAUUACAAAUUGGAGUGAUUGUAACAAAGAAAUCAAAUUCCUAGAAGACCAAAUAAGAGGUGCAGGUGCAGAGGUUUUAAGCUGCGGAGUACCAGAAGAUUUCCGUUGCCCAAUUUCGCUCGAGCUAAUGACGGAUCCAGUGACUGUAUCCACUGGACAAACAUACAACCGAGCCUCAAUUCAAAAAUGGUUGAAAGCAGGAAACAUGAUAUGCCCCAAAACAUUGGAGAAGCUAACGACAACAGAGUUGUUACCAAACACAAUGCUUAAAAAGCUUAUCCAACAGUUCUGUUCAGAUAACAACAUCUCAAUAACCAAGUCGAGUGAUUGCAACCGUAACAUAGCCAGGACCAUCGAACCAGGUAGUCCCGCUUCAGCACAUGCCAUGCAGUUCCUGUCGUGGUUUCUUUCUCGUAGGCUAGUUUUUGGAACCGAGGAACAGAAAAAAAAAGCUGCUUUUGAGAUUCGUUUGCUUGCAAGGUCCAACAUUUUCAACAGGGCGUGCUUGGUUGAAAUGGGCACGGUGCCACCACUGCUAGAUCUUCUAGCUACGGAUGAUAGAACCACGCAAGAAAACGCAAUCGCUGCUCUGAUGAAGCUAUCAAAGCAUAACAGUGGCCAGAAAAUUAUUAUGGAUAGUAGGGGUUUGGCACCGAUCCUUAAAGUUCUCAAAAGGGGGCAUAGUCUAGAAGCUCGCCAAGUCGCAGGUGCUACAAUAUUUUAUCUUUCUUCGGUGAAAGAGUACAGAAAAAUUAUAGGGGAAAACCCAGAGGCAAUUCCUGCUUUAGUUGAAAUGAUCAAGGAAGGAACAACUUGUGGGAAAAAGAAUGCAGUGGUUGCAAUUUUUGGGCUGCUUUUAUUUCCUAGGAAUCACCCAAAGGUGCUUGAAGCUGGUGCUGUUCCUGCGCUUGUUGGUGUCUUAGCUUCUUCUGAUAAAGCUGAUCUUAUCACCGAUUGUUUAGCAGUUCUUGUAGCCUUGGCAGGGAGUGUUGAGGGAGCUAAUGGUGUAUUACAAGCCUCUGCUUUGCCAUUGGUAACUGGGAUUUUGCAAUCUGCAACAUCGCGUGCAGGGAAGGAACACUGUGUUUCAAUUUUGCUAUCCCUGUGUGUCAAUGUUGGUGCUGAUGUACUGGGUGUUUUAGCAAAGGACCCAUCACUUAUGCCUUUGCUUUAUUCACUUCUUACGAAUGGUACACCUCAUGCUGCAAAGAAAGCACGCUCCCUCAUCAAAGUUCUACAAGAAUUCAACGAGAAAAAAACUUAUGGAUCGGUGGAGUCGUCUGUUUCGCCGCAAAGAUUAGUUCACUUAUCUUGAAUUAGUUAGAAGCUUCUUCCGUUUUCUCCCUGUGAAUAUAUAUAUAUUAUGUCAUUAGCUCCUCUUAGGCUCUUACCACUUGACAUUUAUGAAAUUAGCUCCACGUUUUUGUCCAACGAGCUGAUUUCAAUUGAGCAGCUUUUGCUGCACUGGAAACUUAUGUAUACUAAUCACUGUUUUUAUUUUUUUAUUUCCUUUUUUCUAAAAUCAUAAAAUAUAUGCACAUUUGAUUUUGAAUUA